AUGGCUACACUUCUUCAGCUUUUUUUAGUUUUCAAUAUUCUCCUCCUCUUUGAGAGCAACUCUUUGAUGAUGAGGCCAGUGGAAUCAGUCAUAGAUGGUACAAGGAUGAUCAAGGUAGGGAAGAACGAGACAGAUCGAUUUGCUUUGCUGGAUUUCAAGAAACAAAUUUAUUAUGAUCCGUAUGGAGCACUAAGUUCUUGGAACGAUUCCAUCCAUUUCUGUAACUGGUUUGGGAUCACUUGUGGCCAUCGUCAUCGACAACGGGUCAUCGGCUUGGAUUUACAAGGGAUGGGCUUGGGAGGUAACAUAUCUCCUUCCAUUGGGAAUCUCACUUUUCUUCAUGUCCUCAACAUCAUGAACAAUAGUUUCCAUGGCAAAAUCCCCCAUGAAAUCGGUAAUCUAAUUCGACUACAAUCUAUUCUUUUUGAAAACAACACUUUGGAAGGCGAACUUCCUACCAGCUUGGCCAAUUGCACUCGUCUAAGAGAGAUUUACUUCUCCAAUAACAAUCUUGUUGGGAAGAUUCCGGUUGAACUAUUUACAUCUUUGUCAAAGCUGGAGGAAAUUUCUAUUAAUUAUAAUGAUUUAACAGGAGAAAUACCAGCUUCUUUUGGGAAUAUUUCCUCCGUCCAAAUUAUCUCUUUGAGUGGGAAUGAACUGCUGGGGAGCAUUCCAGAAUCCUUUGGUCAGCUAACUAACUUAUACUAUCUAACACUUGCCCUAAACAACCUAUCUGGAACCAUUCCUCAAUCUCUGACUCUUUUGAAGGGGCUUCGAGAUUUAGAUCUCUCACUCAACAACUUAUCAGGGCAAAUCCCGAAGGAUCUAGAAAAGCUUUUAGCAUUGCAGAGUCUGAAUUUGUCCUUCAAUAAUCUUGAAGGGGAGGUACCAACAAAAGGGAUCUUUGGAAAUGCAAGUGCAAUUUUUAUGAAUGGAAAUGAUAAGCUUUGUGGUGGAAUUACGGAGUUACAUCUGCCUGCAUGCACAAACCCUAUAUCUAUGAAACGAGAAAAGUCCAAUACUUUUAGAAUAGUUUUAGCGAUAAUCGGUUUGGUGCUUGGUUUUCUUUUGAUAUCUUCCUGUCUUACUCUCUAUUGGAGAAGAAGAUCAAAAAGUAAACCUCCAUCCACACCAUUAAUCGGUGAACGGUUCUUAAGGCUUUCUUACAGAGAUCUCUUCCAAGCUACUGGAGAAUUUUCUUCAGCUAAUGUCAUAGGUUCCGGUAGUUUUGGCUCUGUAUACAAAGGGAUCAUUGAUCAAGAUGAAACCAUUGUUGCAAUCAAGGUACUCAGCCUUCAAAAUCCAAGCGUCUACAAGAGCUUUAUGACUGAAUGCAAAGCAUUAAGAAACAUUCGGCAUCGAAAUCUUGUCAAGAAUUUAACUUCAUGUUCAAGUAUUGAUUCAAAAGGCAAUGAUUUCAAAGCCCUUGUUUAUGAGUUCAUGCCCAAUGGGAGUCUAGAUGAUUGGUUGCAUCUGCCGGUGGAGGAACAUAAUCAUUUAAGAAAUUUAAACCUUCUUCAAAGAUUAAACAUCGCAAUUGAUGUGGCUUCUGCUUUGGAUUACCUUCAUUGUAACAGUUUUACGGCAAUUGUUCAUUGUGAUUUGAAGCCAAGCAAUGUUCUACUUGACAGAGAUAUGACUGCACAUGUCAGUGAUUUUGGUUUGGCAAGGCUGCUGUUAGAACCUGAUGACAAUUCAUCCCAGACUCAAACUAGUACCAUUGGGAUAAAAGGAUCUAUUGGCUAUGCUGCUCCAGAAUAUGGAAUUGGUGGAAAGGCAACUAUACAAGGGGAUGUGUUUAGCUAUGGGAUCCUUUUAUUGGAGAUGUUCACUGGAAAAAGACCAACAGAUCAGAUGUUUACAGAUAACUUAAAUCUCCAUAAUUUUGCAAAAGCAGCUUUACCCGUACAUGUGAUGCAAAUUUUAGAUCCAACACUCUUACCCAAGGAAGAACAAAGUGAAGAAAUUGAAGUGGUUGCUACCAAUAGGAUUGAAGGUCCUAGUCAUAGGACAGAUCAAUUGCAAGAUUGCAUAACGCCAAUAAUUGAAAUUGCAGUCCAGUGCUCUAUGGAAUCACCAAGAGAACGUAUGAACAUGAAUGAUGUUGUGAGGGGACUACAUUUAAUCAAAAGGAAAUUUUCUUGAAGCAAGAAUCCAUCAAAUAGAGCAACUCUGCCUGAUUAG